UAGCUACUUCUCAUCAUGUGAGAUCAUUUUCUCUGCCACAAGUGGUUGAGGGGCAAGGAACUUCAUGUUCCGUGGUUUUCUGUGGACCUGUUCUGACGCCAUUCCUGCAGUUUAGAAGGCCCAAGCACACAGUAAACAGUAGACCAACCUUGCCUGUCAUGCCUGGGCAGAUCUCUGCAUGGGCUGUGCUCUUCCUCUCCCUGGCUGUAAUUUUACAUGGCCAUCAAAUAAGACAAAAAGAACUUCCAAAAUCCAGAGGCUAUCUUCAAUAUAUCACAACAGCAACAGAACAGACCACAGCAAAAGCUCCACUACAGCUGAUUAACCAAACACUUCAUGUAACUUUAGCAGUGAGAUCAAAGGAUGACUACAUUCAAAUGGCUGCUGAAACCCCCACCUCUGAAAACACAGCUCACCCAGAAAAAACAGCACAAAGUCUUCUACCCAGCAGCACAGCUAGUUAUACCUUUGUCACAUCUAAUAACUCACACACGACUGCUUCAUCUACCAUUGGCCUUGGUUUAAUUACACAUCUGCCAAUUCCUAAAACUGGAGUUAGUCUAUCCACUGUCAACCCUAUAACUGGGAGAACUACCCAACUUGGUGAUCAGACCACCCUCCUCAAAACUAUUAUCACAGCAUCAAACAAAAGCACAGCCAAACAGAAGCCAUCUCUUUCAACCUAUGCCCCAGAAACAACAGCCUCUACACACAAGGACAGCCCGAGAACCUCACCUGCUCCCAUAGUUAUGAGGCCCACUCUUGCAAGUCAGUCAUUAUCAGUCAAGACGGGAACUUACGAAGUCCUAAAUGGAAGCAGGCUCUGUAUAAAAGCAGAGAUGGGUAUUCAGCUGAUUGUUCAAGAAAAUGAUUUGGAUUCUGCAACGGAGAAACAUUUCAACAUUGACCCUAGCCUAACCCAUGCAUCUGGGAAAUGUGGCUCCCAAAAAUCCAACCUGUUCUUGAAUUUCCAGAGUGGAUCCGUGAAUAUCACAUUUAUAAAGGGAAAAAACUCCUAUUAUAUCAGUGAAGUGGGAGCCUAUUUGACCAUCUCAAAUACAGAGAAGACUUACCAGGGAAUAAAACAUACUAUGAUGAUGUUCGAGACAGUAGUUGGGCAUUCCUUCAAGUGUGUGAGUGAACAAAGCCUCCAGCUGUCAUCUCAGCUUCAAAUGAAAACAAUGAAUACUCAUCUCCAAGCCUUUGAUUUUGAAGGAGACUGCUUUGGAAAUGUGGACGAGUGUUUGUCUGACUAUACCGUUGUGCUUCCUGUGAUCGGGGCCAUUGUGGUCAUCCUCUGCAUUUUGGGUUUGUGUGUCUACAAAAUCCGCCUAAGAUGUCAGUCAUCUGGAUACCAGAGAAUCUAAUUUGUAACCAAAAGAAAUGGCAAUGAUGGAUUUUAGAAAAAAAAAAAUCAUUAUUUCCAGAAUGUUGGAGGCUUCUCUUAUCUGCUGCCUUCUAAAACCAAUGAAUGAUUAGUGACUCAAAUUCAAGCAGCAUAUAAGUUCUGAAUAUUUUUGCUCAUCUCAUGAAAGACUAAGGAAGAUAGAUAAAAGUAUUUUCUAGCUUUUGUUGGAAAAAUUUAACUCUUCAUAUGAGUAUUUGAGAUACAUAGAAUUAAUAUAAUGCUAAAAAUACUAGAUAUUUACAAAUUAUAAA